AUGCCUUCACAUCCACCAGUUUUAACUAGUGAAUCGACUCUCGCCGCAGCUCGCCCGGAGCAAGACAUCCAAAACUAUGACGACAAGGCAAAUUUACAACAUCUAGCUGGUAAACCCGUCGAUCGGGGCCGCGAUGCUUGGAUUGUCACCUUUGGCACUUGGUGGGCUCUCUUCAUUGCCUUUGGCUGGACCAAUUCCCUCGGCGUGCUUCAGAACUACUACGAAAAAGAACUGCUGAGGGACUAUUCAACUUCCACAGUUGCUUGGAUCGCAUCCACUCAGAUUUUCAUGAUGUAUGGUGGAGGGAUAGUCUUCGGCAACAUGUUCGACUCCUAUGGGCCUCGAUGGCUGAUUUAUAUCGGUGGUUUUGCCCACGUCUUCGGCUUGAUGAUGGUCUCUAUUUCCAAGAAUUACUAUCAAAUAUUCCUAUCACAGGCCAUUUGCAGUGGUCUCGGCGCCAGCGCAAUCUACUAUGCUUGCAUCGGUUCGCUGGCUAGCUGGUUCCAGGCGAAGCGCGCCACUGCCUUUGGUCUCGCUGCCUCCGGUGGCUCUGUCGGUGGUGUCAUUUUCCCCGUUAUGGUUGACCGUCUCAUUGAUCAGGCAGGCUUUGGUUGGACUAUGCGCGCGGUUGGUUUCAUCGUUCUUGGGGGUCUUGUCAUAGUCAUCUUCACUGUGAAGUCGCGACUGACGCACACCCCUAAGCCGGUUCGCGUUCGACACUAUAUUAAACCGUUCACUGAGCUUCAAUUCCUAAUGCUGGUUAUUUCGCUGUCACUUUUCUCGUUCGGGCUAUUCCUGCCGUUCAAUUUCAUCACUGCUCAGGCGCAGACCCUUGGCAUGUCCUCUACUAUGGCAAACUAUCUUGUGGCAAUUAUCAACGCAACCAGUGUUCUUGGCCGUAUCGUUCCCGGUAUGGUCGCUGACCGAGUGGGACGCUUCAAUGUCAUGUCCGUAGCAACACUGGUUUCAGGUAUCCUCACCUUCGCACUGUGGCUACCAGGUCGCAGUAAUGUAGCGGUCAUUCUCUAUGCCGUGUUUUUCGGUUUCUUUUCCGGUGCAUAUGUCUCCCUGACACCUGCUCUCGUUGCCCAAUUAUCUCCUAUCCAGGAGAUUGGCAUUCGCACUGGGGCCCUUUACUUCUUUGUCUCGAUCGCCGUGCUCACUGGUAGCCCAAUUGCCGGCGCACUCGUUUCAGUUGAUCAAGGUCGUUAUGAUUAUCUGGAGAUUUUUGCUGGGGCAACCAUGUGUGCGGGUGCUGUUUUGCUAAUAUUGACUCGUGUCGUGAAAGCAGGAUUUAAGUGGGAAGUUUUGUAG